AUGGUAUCAGCUGAUUAGAUUCUUAUUAUUUUUUUGGCACAGGUAACACCGCCUGUCUUUUCGCUCGUCACGAAAAGAGUUCGUGUUAUAGAAAAUUUCUGUAAUCUAAUUCAAUUAUUGUCUUUAAACCCGAAAUGUUUCAUUCUAAUUAUCAACAUUCUUUUAUUCCUACCCCGGACGAUAAUAAAAAUCCAUUAAAGGCACCGUUGGCGUAAAACAUGUCCUUUAUUUACAAGUCCUCAGUGUAUCAUUAAACUUCAUAUUUACGUAUUUGUGUUAAAGUUGCAAUAAUCAUAAUGGAUAAGGGAGUGACGUGUGAACAUCUGAACAAGCUCGCGGAGUUUCUCGGGAAGGAUUUGUGGCAGUCGAAAGAGAACAUAACCUGCUUUGACUGCGGGUGUCCCGGACCCAACCUAUGGAUCUGCCUGCAGCCCGACUGCCAUCAUGUGGGCUGCUCCGAGGUCCGCAACGACCACAGCACCUUGCAUCAAAAGAGCCAGCCAUCCCACUGCGUGCAUAUGAACGUGUCCACGGAGCGGGUGUGGUGUUACAUUUGUGAGAAGGAAGUCCAUGUUCGAGCAGCGGUCGCCUACAAUAGGAUAAGUCCAGACUCAACAGUGGAAGGUGAACCGGCGAGCGCUCGCGUCGGUUUCUCGGGUCUGGUCACUACGGACGAUGAUGAUGAUGACUAUGAUCGUCCACGAGGUCUGGUGGGUCUCCAAAACAUGGGCAACACGUGCUACAUGAACGCGGCGCUGCAGGCUCUGAGCAACACGGCUCCGUUCACGUCGUACUUUCUAGAAUGUGCUGCGGCAGUCGCAGUUCUCGCUGGGGACAAGAAGCCUGGACUAGCGAGAGCAUACCAAAAAUUAGUGAAAGAAAUGUGGAGCAGGAAAACUAGGGGAUACCUAGUACCAAACGGAAUCAUAUAUGGCAUUCGAAAUGUGCAUCCAAUGUUCCGGGGCUACCAACAGCACGACACACAGGAGUUCCUCCGCUGUUUCAUGGACCAGCUGCAUGAGGAGUUGAAGGAACCGGUAUGGGACAGUAUGCCGGAAGACAAGCUGGGCACGGAGGCGGACGGCGAUCACCAGGAGAUCAGGAACGUACAUGUACGGCGCCGGGCCGCUUCAUCCGGAGCCAGCGACGCGCCUCUCUUCGCGCGCAUGCGCCGGAAGUCGCCCGCACCCUCCACCAACAGCGACACGCGGACUGACGCACACCUCAGGGUAGGGCAGUCAGAGACCGCAAACAGGCAUAGACGGUCGGCGAGCUUUGCGGGGACGCAGCAAACAGCGUACUCUGUGCAAGUACAUCACCAGAACCCUUUAGCCUCAUCGUCACGUGAUGUCGGCUCAGAAUCAUCGUUGUCAUGUUCAAGCGAAGCGGAAGAUCGGUACGAAACCUGCUCGAGUGGCGCCAGUGACGCCCCCGACCCACCCGUUCACCACCCACCGAAACAGAGCGGCGGAGGCGAUGGCGGCGGCGCUCGCUACCGCAGCAUCAUCUCCGACGUGUUCGACGGAAAACUGCUGUCUUCAGUGCAGUGCCUCAUCUGCGACCGGGUGUCAACACGGGUGGAGACGUUCCAGGACCUGUCCCUCCCCAUACCGUCGCGUGAGCACCUCGCCGUGUUGCGCUCGCAGCCGGCGCUCGACCAUCUGCCGCCUGACCACGACUCCUGGAUGUGGUGGAUACUCAGCUGGCUCCGAUCCUGGUUCUACGGCCCCGUGGUGUCGCUCCAGGACUGCCUCGCUGCCUUCUUCAGCGCUGACGAGUUGAAAGGAGACAACAUGUACAGCUGUUCCCGUUGCAACAAGUUGCGCAACGGCGUGAAGUUGUCCGGCGUGGUCCGUCUGCCGGAAGUGCUGUGCGUGCACCUGAAGCGCUUCCGGCACGAACUCAUGUUCAGCGCCAAGGUGGCCGCCCGGGUGUCCUUCCCGCUGCACGACCUCAACAUGCAGCCCUAUACACAUAAAGAUUGCACCUCAAAAAUAACCCGGUACUCGUUGUGCGCGGUGAUCUGCCACACGGGCACGGCCGGCGGCGGGCACUACACGUGCGUGGCGCGCAACCCGCGCGGCUGGUUCACGUUCGACGACCAGGCCGUCGCGCCGCUCGCAGCGCCCAUGCUGGACCACACCGAGGCCUACGUGCUGUUCUACAGGAAAGUGAAUCCCCAAAUGACAGUGCUGCGGCAGAAAGCGGCCGAGAUAUUGGAGUCGACGACGGUGGAGACGAACGACAUCAAGUUCUAUAUCUCGAAGCAGUGGAUCAACAAAUUCAACAGUUGGGCGGAGCCUGGCCCCAUAGACAACGGCGAUUUCGUGUGCGCGCACGGCGGGCUGCGGCCCGACCGCGCCGCGCACCUGCCGCGCCUCGCCGCGCGCGUGCCGCAGCCGCUCUGGGAGUUCCUGCACGACAAAUUCGGUGGCGGGCCGGCUUGCUCGCACGUUCAUGAAUGCGCGGUGUGCGCGCGCGCAGCGCAGCGACUGCGCACGCGCCGAGCCAGAGAGCUCAAGGCCUUCUACGACUUGCACGCCAUCUUCCAGGAGCAAGAGCGCCCGCGCGCGAUCUACGCCAUCAGCAUGCACUGGUUCCGCCAAUGGCAGGCCUUCGUGCGCACCCGCACCCAGCAACCACCGCCCCCUGUCGACAACUCGGGCAUCGUCACCAGCCAGGAAAUCGACGGCGUAACGACCCACGUCCUCAAGCAAGGCUCCGACCACGCGCAACUGAGCGAGGAGCUGUGGCGGUUCUUCACCGACAUCUACGGCGGCGGCCCCGAGCUGCCCCUGCGGGCCCCGCCCCGCCCCGAGCUGCCCCUGCGGGCCCCGCCCCGCCCCGAGCUGCCCCUGCGGGCCCCGCCCCGCCCCGGGGCCCAGCACCAGCCGCGCCGCGCCAGCAGGAACCACUCCGAGUCCGACAAGGACUACUGCGCCAAAGCUACCUCGGAAACCGACAUCAGAGAAACCAUAGUCGGAGAAUUACAGAAAAACCAGUCGCUACAAAAUCUGAGACACUCCAAAGUGGCCCGAAUCGAUUCGGAUGAAGAUUUCAGAAGGUACAAGAGACUAGAGCAGAACGGAAAUUAUGACUCGGACGAAGAGACGGUUAAAGAAAAUGGCGUCGACAGCUCCGAUCACGACGCGAAUGACAACCCGGUGUACUUCGACAAACCCGAGGUCGAACUCCCCAAUCUCGAUAGUAUAUCGCUGAAAAGCAAACCCUCGAAAAACAGGAAAGUGAGAAAAAUAAGAAAGAGGACGGUGAAAUGAUUCUUUCUCGCUUUUCAGUUCGUUCACAGGCUGAGGCGGCGGGUCGCGAAAGAUUUAACCUGAGGUCUCUGUCUAACGCGGGCAGGGUGACUUUGAAUGUAUGCGCCGUCUCUGUCUGGCGCUGACGGUGUGACGUUGAACAUUCCCGGUGAAAGGUGUUAGAACUAUGUGCAUUUAAAACUUGGGUGUUACUCUGGUCUCGUGAUAUAUUUUUCUAAAAACUAUUCCUCGCUUCGCGUGAUCCAUCUAUUGUAUAUAAAUACAUUGACACAUUUUAAUAUC